AAAUAAACAUUUUCCGGAUCAAAUAUCUAGAAUAUAAACGACAUCACUCACAUAUGGUUAUCUGUUGCUUCCAAAGAUCUUUUCUUAAGUCUGUUAGUUUAUCGAAAAGUGUAACUUUGUUCUCCACCUCAGCGAGGAAUUUUUGUCUUUUAAAUAGAAUGGCAACUACUACAGAUUUUGACAGAUUGAAAGAGAAGCAACAAUAUACAGAAAAAUUAUUAUUUGAGCUUCGCAACCAAAUAGAGGCCAUUAAAAAAGUAGCAGUGAAGCAAGCUGGUCUUCCAGAAGAAGAGAAUCUAAUCAAAGAAAAUGAAGCAUUAAGGAAAGAGAUAGAUUCCGUUAAAACUGCACUUUUUAUUGCUGAGAUUGGAAAUGGAGUUCGACAGGUUCAACUUCCAUCUAAAGGUGUUUUAUCAACAAUAUUGAGUCCCAAAUUAGCAACUGUUAGCUCUACGCAAGUUAAAGGGACAGCAAAGGAGUCAAGUCCUUCAGCUGCUGUGGAGAGUAAACCUAAAGAGCAGCAAGCUGAAGCUAAUGGUAAAAAGACAAAAAAAGAAACAGUAAAUGCUGGAGGGAAAAAAGCUAAGACUGAAGAAAAUAAAGAGAAAACAGCAAAAGAUGCUGGAGGUGACGGUAGUUCCAAGAAAAAAACUGCAGCUACUGAGGGUGAGACAGCAGACAGUGCCGUUGAUAUCUCCAAGCUGGACUUGAGGGUGGGGAAGAUUGUAGCUGUUGAAAAACAUCCUGAUGCUGAUUCCUUGUAUGUUGAACAAGUGGAUGUUGGCGAAGGCAAAAACAGAACUGUUGUUAGUGGCCUAGUUAAACAUGUCCCAAUCAAUGCUAUGAAAGAUCGCAUUGCAGUUUUUAUGUGCAACUUGAAACCAGCCAAAAUGAGAGGCGUGUUAUCUGAGGGUAUGAUUAUGUGUGCGGUUGGAGCUGAGAAAACUGAAAUAUUGGUACCCCCGACUGAUUCUGUUAUCGGUGAUAGGGUCACAUUUGAUGACUACCCAGGGACGCCUGAAGCCCAGCUCAAUCCCAAGAAAAAAAUCUGGGAAACCUUAAAGCCAGAUGUAAGAACUAAUGAAGACAGAGUAGCCACAUACAAGGGAGCCCCUUUUGUAAUUAAAGGAAAAGGAUUUGUUGUUGCACCUACCUUGGCUAACUCACAGAUUUCAUAAAACUAUAUUGUCCUAUAUAAUUAUAAAUUACAUGUUUGGAAAGUGGAUAUGAGACUGUUUAUGUUAGAUUGUCUUUUAAAAUGUACCAGUACCAGCUAAAAUUGUUUUAAGUAUUACAAAAAAUAGUGUACUAUUAUACUAUGCUUUCAUGUUACACUGUAUCCCCUAUUUGAGAUUUUGCUUUGUUUGAA